GAAGGGAAGAGAAAUGAUGAUUGAAGUGAAGAGGAAGAGGACUACGAUUGAGCAUUUCUUUGCUCCGCAGGCGAAGCGGUUGCUCUUGGAGGGAUCAAACGAAGCGAAGAAGGUCGAUCCACCGAGUCGCCACCCACCCACCGCGAAGCCUCUGUCAACAAAGCCAUAUGAUGUGCCAGAGAUACCCGGCCUAAUAGUCCACCCAAACUUCAUUUCUCCUACCGAGGAUCGCGCCACCAUCACCUUCCUCGACACCCUACCCUGGCGUAACGACCUCCAACGCCGUACCAUGCAUUUCGGCGGAACAUAUUGCUACGGCCAUCACGUCGGUGAGGGCGGGAAGAAAGCUCCAGGGAUGCCGGGGGAAUUGGGGUGGAUCGUGGAGAGGGUGGUUGGGGAAGGGAUUUUUGAGAGUUGUGAUCCGCCGACGAAUUGCAUCGUGAAUGAGUACGUAGGCAACCAAGGCAUCAACGCCCACGUCGACAAACUCACCUGCGGCCCCACAAUCGCCUCCCUCUCCCUCAACCACGGCUGCUACUUCAAAUUCUACGAACUUCAAUCCCCUCACGACGGAACGGUUUGUUCAGGCAAGAACAAAGACGCACCGAGAACCGGGAAAGAGGUAGAGUUGUGGGUGCCGAAGGGGAGUUUAUUGGUGAUGAGUGGUGAUGCGAGAAGUUUGUGGCAGCAUGAGGUGCCGAGGACGAUGAGGGGACGGACGAAGUUCAGUAGGAGGGUCAGUUUGACGUAUAGGGCUAUGGGGAGGAAGGGUAGUACUUGAUCUGAAAUAUAUAUAUAGCUUCUCGAUACCUAGGUAGUGAUUGCCAAACU